AUGCUGGAAUUCUACCGAGGAGACCGUCGCAGCGAUGCUUCUGGCAUUCUCGCGGAGCUGCACGAGUCCCAAAUUGACAUCCUUCAACAGCCGGCGUUGAUAUCUGACACGGAAAGUACAAGAACCGCCGAACUGGACGUGACGGACCAAAACGUAGACACUUUCGUUGACUCUUCCGAGUCGGCUUAUGAGAAGGCGAUCCGAGAAUCGAAAUCCACUGGUGAACAAGGACUGAAAUCAUCAAACCCCGAGGAUGGAGAUGAAGCGCCGGGUGAGGCUGCAAGUGCAGACGAAUACCCCAGCGGCUUCCGCCUGUAUAUGGUCGUUGUCGCGUUAGUCCUCAGUAUUUUCCUCGUUUCCCUAGACAUGUUGCGGACCAUCGUCGCCACAGCAAUUCCCAAAAUUACAGACGAGUUUCACGGCCUAGCCGACGUGUCCUGGUACAGCGCCGCGUUCUUUAUGACCACCGGUGGCUUCCAGUCGACCUGGGGCAAGGCCUACAAGUACUUCCCCUUGAAAACGAGUUUCCUCCUCUCCAUCGGCAUGUUCGAGCUGGGGAGUCUGAUUUGUGGUGCUGCUCCCACAUCGACGGCUCUCAUCGUCGGCCGCGCCAUUGCGGGAAUAGGGGCUGCCGGCAUUGGGUCUGGUUGUUAUACCAUUGUGGGGUUUUCGACUGAGCCGAUGAAGAGGCCUGUGUUUACGGGGAUUCUGGGCGCGUCGUAUGGUAUUGCAAGUGUCAUUGGGCCGCUACUGGGAGGUGCAUUUGCUGACAAGGUCAGUUGGCGAUGGUGUUUCUACGUCAACCUUCCCAUCGGCGGCGUUUCGGUCCUCGCCAUCUUCCUCUUUUUCAAAACGCCCUCGGCAGCCCGCCCCCAGGAAGCCACCUUACUCGAGAAGAUCCUGCAGAUGGACAUUGUGGGCGCCUGCAUCAUGAUGGGCGCCGUGAUCUCGUACAUCCUCGCCCUGCAGUGGGGCGGGCAAACAAAGCCGUGGAACUCGCCCGACGUCAUCGGCCUGCUCGUCGGCUUCGGCGUUAUUCUCAUUCUCUUUGGAAUCUGGGAAUACACCCAGGGCGAGCGGUCCAUGAUUGCGCCCCGACUAUUCGGGAAGCGAAAUGUUUUCGUGCCGUCCAUAUACAUUUUGUGGUUCGAUGGGGCCUAUUUUGUGUUGAUUUAUUACCUGCCGUUGUAUUUCCAGGCUAUUGAUGGGGUUAGUCCUACGGAUUCAGGCAUCCGCAACCUUCCCCUCAUCCUCUCCGUGACCCUAGCCGCUAUUGGCGCAGGUUUCUUCAUAAGCGCCACCGGCAUCGCCGCCCCCAUGAUGUUCGUCAGCGCGGCCAUCGGCAUGGUCGGCUCGGGUCUGCUCUUCACCCUGGACAUCGGUACCAGCUCCGGGAAAUGGAUCGGCUACCAAGUCGUUGCUGGUGCGGGCUUCGGCACGGGCCUACAGAUCCCCAUUAUAAUCGGUCAGGCCAGUGUUGACCCGUCGGACUUGAGUUCUGUCACGGCCAUCUUGCUGUUUUUCCAGACCAUCGGUGGGGCUUUUUUUGUCUCGGCUGCUCAGGUCGCUUUUGCGAAUGGUUUGAUUCAGAGGGUGCAGAUUACGGCGCCGGCUGUGAGUCCAUCGGAUUUGCUGGCGACGGGUGUUACAAUGAUUAGGGAAGUAUUUAGCGCGGAUUUGCCCGGGGUUCUGCUGGCGUACAUGCAUGGCAUUCGGAUCGCUCUCGGUAUGGGCAUUGGCUCGGUGGGCGUUUCUUUUGUGGUAAGCUUGUUCAUGCCUUUUGCGAGGCUGAAUCCGAACGCUGUCAAGGAUUUGGGUGGUGCUGCUUGA